AUGACUGCAGGCGGUAGAGCCAUGCGCCAAAGGAUGAUGAGUAUGGAGAAACUAUCGGACGACGAAUUAAGCAACAUAUUCAUCCGAUUACCUGCGAGACAGCUUGUCCAGAUGAGGUGUGUUUCUAAACCCUGGAAUGUUUUUUUAUCUACUGAAUCCUCCUAUCUCACCAAAUCCCAUCUCAAUCAUUCACUCCGCAACAAACAUAAUGAAAUUGUCCUGGCCUUCACCGUCCGCAAUAAGGGUGGUCCUGAAGUUUGGCCAUACAAUCUCUCCGGAACUCCAUUUACCAAUCUCAGUGAUCUUGUUAAGGUACCUGCAGAUAAAAUCCCACUAAUGCGACUUUCUUCCAAGGGCGGUCAUGUUAUAGGUUCCGUUAAUGGCUUGCUAUGCUUUUACAUCGGACCUCCUGAUUUUGUUAAAGGAAUUUAUAUCUGGAACCCUUCUUUAUCACUUAUAAUGCCUCUCUAUGUAUUGUGCGAUCCCAAGUGGGCUCAUUCAUAUAAUUAUAGAUUCUAUUUUGGGUUCGGGUUUGAUCCCAAGACUGAUGACUACAAAGUUGUUAAACUUGUACGAGAUCAUGGCAAACUAAUGUGGCUGCCAGUUGAGGUCUACAGUAUGAAAAAACGCUCUUGGGAGUUCAUUGUCGAUAGCUUUCCCUCGGAUGUUGAUAAAGGCUUCGAUAUGUGUGUAGAUGAUCAUGAUGGCCAUCUUCAUUGGUUGUGUAAGAUGGUUGAUAAUAAUGACAUCCAAACAAUAGUAGCAUUUGAUUUGGGUGUGGAGUCCCCCUCCUUCCGUCAGAUAUCUCUUCCAGAUUCCGUAGCCAGCAACUGCGAUACAGAUAACCUGCAGCACACCAAACUAUGUAUGUUGCACGGAAAGCUUUGUGUGGUGUCAUAUACUAUAUAUGAUCAUGGUGAGGGUAAGUUACAAGUGUGGGUAAUGAACGAGUACGGUGUAGCUGAAUCUUGGGUGAAGAGCCACGUGCUGUCAAAUUUGAAAGGUGAACAUACAAUACCAAUUGGAUUCACAUUAAACAGUAAGUUUCUUUUUCAUGAUAAUAUCAAGGGUGUAUUGGCCUCGUAUGAUCAAGAGACAGCAACGGUUACACACCUUGGGAGUUAUCGUCUUCUUCAUUGCCUCGGGGAAGUGGUUCAGUAUGUCGACUCGCUUGUUUGGUACGCAGGACCUAGCCACGAAGAGUGGGUAAAGGUGGCUCAACAGUACUACUUUGAGACCAUGGGACUAAAAUUCUAA